GGUAAACUAAAGGUAUGUUUAUGAGUCAGUUUACCACUUACCGAAAAAAGACAUAUUCAAGGAUGAAACAGUUAAAAAAUAUCCCGGUUGAUUCGGUUUCUUGACGGGAGCUGUCAAAAGUUGAGAGGAGGGGAAGUUACCGUUAAGCUAGCGUCUGAAGUGACAGCGGUUCAUUCAGUUAGCUUCUCAGAUGCACGGGGUAAGUGGGAGGGUCUGCCGUUGUGCUACACACCACUUGGAGUUGUAGCAGGGCUGAGGUGACCAUUAAAAGUGUGGAUUACCGACAGCACCCAGGUGACUGGACCGAUGUAAUGAUGCUGAGUCGCAGCAGCAGUCCUCUUCUGCUCGCCGUCACCUGCAUGUACUUCUCGGGAGGUUUGCUUUGGUCCUUCCAAGAAGAGGAUGCGAGUGACGGUGGAGAGUGCUCUGAAAAUAACAUUUCUACAACAAAGUACCCCUGCGUGAAGUCGACUGGAGAAGUUACGACGUGUUACAGAAAGAAAUGUUGCAAGGGCUUCAAGUUUGUGCUGGGCCAGUGUAUUCCUGAAGACUAUGAUGUGUGUACUGGCGCCCCCUGUGAGCAACAGUGUACUGACCAUUUUGGUCGAGUGGUGUGUACCUGUUACCCCGGCUACCGCUACGACCGUGAGCGCCACAGAAACCGAGAGAAGCCCUACUGUCUGGACGUCGAUGAAUGUGCAGACAAAAACAUGACUGCAUGCUCUCAAAUCUGUGUCAACUCUGUUGGGAGCUACAGGUGUGAGUGUGAGAAAGGCUAUUUCCUGGAAGAAGAUGGGAAAACAUGCACCAAGGGGGAGAGAGCAGUGCAUCUCUUUGAGAAGUCUGACAAUGUGAUGGAUGUGGGUACUUGCUCAGCCACAUGUAAUGAUUUCCUCCAGAUCAAGAUGUCUGUUCUGCAGCUUAAACAAAAGAUGGCCAUGCUGUCAAACAGUGCUGACGUCCCUGAGCAGAUGACCAGCGAGAAAAUCCUGACAUCUCCCAUAUUUUUACCAGGGCCCCCUGGUCUCCCUGGUCCCCCAGGAGAUCCAGGACCAAAGGGCCCUCCGGGACUUACAGGACUGAUGGGGCACCCUGGGCCUCCUGGUCCGAGAGGCUUGAUGGGACCCAUUGGACCCACACCAGACCUGUCCCACAUCAAACGGGGCCCGCGAGGACCUGUGGGGCGUCCAGGAGCACCAGGAAAAGAUGGCUUAAAGGGCGACAGAGGAGCUCCCGGGCCUGUCGGACCACCAGGCCCUCCAGGCUCCUUUGAUUUCCUGCUCCUGCUGAUGGCAGACAUCCGGAACGACAUCGCUGACCUGCAGAGCAAGGUGUACGGUCGACCGAUGCACUCUCCCGGGGAGGACUUUCCUGCGGUCCCUGACAGCUGGAGGGACAACCAGGACACUCUGGAGGCCGGCUCGGGUGAGGACUACAAGGAACCUCCACCUCCAACGGGCGGAGGGUCCAAGAGGAGCAGGAAGAGGAAACCAGCGCCGGAGAGAACAGACUUUGACUGGAAUAUUUAAAGAGGGUGGGUUUAAAUACUUAAUGUCAGGUGUAAAUAUUGAAGUGGUUUGCUUUUUUAUUUAACUGUUUUUAAACAGAAUGUACUGUAUGCCUUUUCAUCACAGAUCUUUAUUUUUGUAUGAUAUACAAGAUUUUGUGUGAAUAUUUUUAACUAAAUGAGUAGACUGUGCAAAUGCAUGUUUUUUUAUUAUUUGAUAUUUUCAGAAAUGUACUAUGGUUCCUUCACAGCACAUUAAACAAGUCUCUCAUGAAAGCAGUUUAUACCUCUUUAU